GACACUGCAAUGCUGAGGUUUGUGGUCCUCGCUUUUCUGGUGGCUGGUGCUUACAGCUGUGGGGUGCCUGCCAGUGCCCCAGACAUCUCAAGAGUGGUCGGGGGUGUUGACGCCCGUCCAAACAGCUGGCCAUGGCAGAUCUCUCUCCAGUACACCAAGGAUGGAAACUGGUAUCACACCUGUGGAGGAACUCUGAUCGCCACCAACUGGGUCCUGACUGCUGCCCAUUGCAUCAGCAAAAGCAGAACAUACAGAGUGGAACUUGGCAAGUACAACCUCAAGGAGGCUGAAGCCGGCUCCAUCGCUGUCCCAGCUGCUCAAAUCAUUGUUCACGAGAAAUGGAACUCCCUAUUCAUCCUGAAUGACAUUGCCCUGGUGAAGCUCCAGGAACAUGUUGCCCUGAGUGAUUCAAUCCAGCCCGCUUGUCUUCCCACUGAGGGCCAGCUGCUCGCCCAUAACAACCCCUGCUACAUCACCGGUUGGGGACGCCUCUAUACUAACGGCCCCCUGGCUGAUAACCUGCAGCAGGCUCUUCUGCCCGUGGUGGACCACGCGACCUGCACUCUGCCUGACUGGUGGGGCGGGAUGGUGAAAGAGAAGAUGCUGUGCGCUGGAGGAGACGGAGAGCUGUCCGGUUGCCAGGGUGACUCUGGCGGACCCCUGAACUGCCAGCGCGCUGAUGAUGCUUGGGUGGUCCAUGGAAUAGUGAGCUUCGGGUCUGGCUGGAGCUGCAACUACCCCAAGAAACCUACGGUCUUCACCCGCGUCUCUGCUUACACUGACUGGAUCAACAUGAACAUGGUUAACAACUGAAGAGAAGAGCAACCCCACUGCCUGUAUAAUACCUACUAAUCACAGAGGAAACUGGGCAAUAAAUAAACACUAAUAAAAUGGGAUGAAAGAGCAACGCCACUGCCUGUAUAAUACCUGCUAAUCACAGAGGAAACUGUGCAAGGAAUAAACACUAAUAAAAUGGAAUCAAAAUCA